GGCCGCUGCUUUUUCUGUUUCUUUUUCUUGUUCUUUGCUGUCCUCGUUUUAUUCUUCUGCACGAGUAGAACGAGGCACACUGUGAGACUACUCCCCAGACCCUUUGGGUCUUAUAAGUAGAGAGGAAGGAGGGCGGGGAGGGAGCUACGAGAUCUCGCUGUCCUCUUCUCCUCGUCGGGCCUGGGGUGGCGAUCUCUUGGCGAGGUUUUGGAUUUGGGUGUGCGCCGGCUUGCCGAGGUCAGGGAAGGUGAAGAAUGGCGGCGGUCGCGCAGGAUCCUGCUCCCCACGACUCCUCGUCGCCGGAUGACGCCGUGAUCUUUUUCGGGAUAUCGCUCUUGCUCGGAAUAGCAUCGAGGCAUCUACUGAAUGGGACGCGCGUCCCCUACACUGUCGCGCUGCUCAUCCUCGGCAUCGGCCUUGGAUCCAUCGAAUAUGGAACAAACAUUGAUUUAGGAAAAUUAGGAGCUGGCAUCCGUCUUUGGGCAAAUAUUAAUCCUAAUCUUCUCCUAGCUGUUUUCCUUCCCGCUCUUCUUUUUGAGAGUUCGUUUUUAUUGGAAGUGCACCAAAUAAAGAAAUGCAUGAUGCAAAUGCUGCUGCUUGCUGGACCAGGAGUUAUCAUAUCAACCUUUUGCGUUGGGUAUGCUGUGAAGAUUACCUUUCCCUAUGGUUGGGAUUGGAAGAUAUCAUUGCUUCUGGGAGGGCUACUUAGUGCUACUGAUCCUGUUGCUGUCGUUGCAUUACUGAAAGAACUUGGAGCAAGUAAAAAGAUGAAUACAAUAAUUGAAGGUGAAUCCCUCAUGAACGACGGGACUGCAAUUGUUGUAUUCCAGUUAUUCUACCAAAUAGUCAUGGGUCAGAGCUUCAAUGUGGGUGAAAUUAUUGAAUUUUUAUCAAAAGUUUCACUUGGAGCUGUAGCUAUGGGCCUAGCUUUUGGAAUAGCAUCUGUGAUAUGGUUGGGUUUCAUAUUCAAUGACACAGUUAUUGAGAUCACAUUGACUCUAGCUGUCAGCUACAUUGCUUUCUUCACGGCUCAAGAUGGUGCAAAUAUUUCAGGUGUCCUGGCUGUGAUGACUUUAGGAAUGUUUUUUGCAGCUUUUGCUAGAACAGCAUUUAAGAGCGAUAGUGAAAGAAGUUUGCAUCAUUUUUGGGAAAUGGUUGCUUACAUUGCAAACACAUUAAUAUUCAUCUUAAGUGGAGUGGUUAUUGCUGAUGCUAUAUUUCACAAUGAAAGCCAUUUUGAAAGGCAUGGUAAGUAA